AUGAAAAAGAACCAGACGGUGCAGGGCACCUUCAGCAAACUCUUCGGCAAGAAGCACGCCAACCCCCCCAGCACCUCCCUCUACGCCACCAACCCCCCCUGGAUUUUCACCCAGGAGGCCCCGGAGGAGGGGAUCCGGGACUUUGGUGGGAUCUAUUAUGGAGAUAAUCGGUUUGACUCUGUGAGUGAGUCAGGGACAGCCACGCUGAAAGCUCGGCCAAGAGUUCGGCCCCUGCUGACCUUCCUUCCACUUGACCAGCUCGCCGAGUGGCGCGCGGCCAGCUCAACUGACUGCCGCAGUCAAAGUCCCUUGUCUGAGGUCAGCAGUGACCUCAAGCCCAGCCCUGCCCGCUUGGCCUCACCCUGUGGCUCCAGAACUCCUCCUUUAUUCCAGACGGAGAACCAUCUGGAGACAACGGCGCCUCCUGUCAUGGAAAUGCGGCCCCGAGUGCCUAGGCCACUGCCCACCAGGCGGAGGAAUGCCCAGGAGAACCAUGGACUGGCUGUGCCCACUCCCUCUGUCCCAGGAGACUUUGCAGACAAAGAAGUGACGGGUACCAGCUCACUCGUCAACGGCAACCUGCGCCUGUACAGCUCUGCCCGGCCCCGGGGCCACCCCCAGGCUUUCUCGUCCCCCCCUUCUCCUUCCUGCAAGAGGGAAGAGGAGGAGGACGACGACGACGAGGGGGAGUUCUGCUUUGAGGUCAUCCCGCCGCCGCCAGAGUUCAGCAACGACCCGGAGCCCCCCGCCCCGGCCCUCCGGUAUCUGGGGCGCCGGGGAUCCCCUCCCCGGAACAACUUCUUAGAUUUGGGGCAGCCCUUGGCGCCUCGGGGCUUCUCGCGCUUUCCAGCCGGGGCGCACCACGCCGGGGCCGGGGGCCUGGAGCGCUUCGCCGCCGGCGGGGGCCGGUCGCUCAUCAAGAAGCGCUUGUACGUCGGGGAGCCCCAGCGCAGCCCCGGGCAGCCCCGCGGCGGCACCGCCCGCAGCCUGAGUUCCCCCAACUGCUUCGGGCCGCCGCCUGGGGGCCCGGAAAUGCGGCGCGUCAACUCGGCGGGCCGCGCGCCCACCGGCGGCCUGCACGCGCCGAGGCUGUCCAUGGAGGGCGCAGCCCGCGGGGAGGCCAAGUUCAAGGCGCCCGGCAGAGACUACGGCUUCUCCCCUGCGGCCGGCAGGUCUCCCCACGGAACCCCCCACUAUGGAAGCCCCAUCAAUACAUUCACCGUGAGGCCUGGGACCCGCCAUCCUAUCUCCUAUGCCUACUCGGGGAACCACCGGAAAGCCCCAUCCUGA